AAUAAAAAAAAAUAUAUGCACAGCAAGGUUAAAAAAGGAUUAACUUUCUCGUUACUAACAAAAAAUUUUUCUCCACUAACUCAUUAACCUUUACUUAAUUGAAUAAAAACGUCUAUGUAUCAAGGCAUUUAUGGCUUUUGCAAAUGCAUGCUUACAUGCCUGCCUAUCUAUGUAUUGCUCGUAAUAUCGUUGUAAAGUGUUCUGUAGAGCAUUGUACGUUAUGUUCGAAUUCGUUGUUAGACAAAGACAAAAAAGUAAAAAAAAGGUCCUUUACGUUCAUGUUCAACGUGGUUUUACCUACUUGUUUGUUGUUGUAGUGUGUAAUAAUAUUUUCACUCUUUUCGCGUCUUUAACUCUUUCCUCUCCUGCCUGUGUAUUGAAAAAAAAAAAAAGUUUUAGUUUCAACUGUAGUUGCUCUCUUUUUUAUGAAAGUAAGAUAUUUACUUAUGCGAGCAAGCAUACGCACGUUGAAAAUUUCCUUAAAAAGUUUGCUUCAGAGGCUCAACGAUAUGUGAAAUAUAUUUGGCUCUUGUCUUCAUGUACACAGAAAUGUUGAAGAAAACAAAAGCAUAUCAUCAUUAUAUAGUCAAAGCAAAGUUUUCAAUAAGCAAAAUAAAAAAUAAAAAAAUUAAAGGAAACCUAAAUGAACCCAAACUGUCAUCAGAAAAUGUUUAAAAAUUAAUUAAACACAUGAGUGCUUCUCGUAAAGUUAUUGAAUUCAGUUAACCAAUAGCAAUACAAAGAAAAAUUCAGCAAUUGUUGUAAUACUUUUUGCCGCAUAACAACGGCACCAGCAGCACCGGCAACAGCAGCAACAACUACAGCUCCAACAAACGACAUAAUGCUUGGCUGUAUUUAUCAAUUAUGGGAUUGGCUAGAGGCACCACCGCUAUUUACAGCGGCCAAUAUGGACGCCAAAAAACUCCACCAAUUGCAGCAAUCGCAAAAUGUACAAAAGAAAUUACCGUUGGCUUACCAAACCAACAUUGCCGAUUAUCGCACAGCCACCCAUUCACCAGUCUUCCAACAGCAACAGCAAUUGAACUAUCACAUGUCACAUGUGCCAUCGGGAUCCUCAAAUACGGCUGCACUUACUGCGCAGUAUCAGCAAAGUCCGACAACCACAUCUUCCAGUGGACCGCUGUCACCUAUUGACAUCCAACCGCAGGCGAAUAAACUUUUGUUGAAGCAUCAGGUGACAAGUGGAAGCGGUGGUAACACAUCAAGUAGCGCUCAUAGUUCACCUUAUCAUCAGCCAUCUACUUCGUCCGGUUAUCCCACAAGUAGCGGUGGCACAGCUGGCAACUCCGAGCAAUUAUAUCAAUCGCCCACUGAAAGAACGUAUCUAGCAGCUGCUGGGAGACUGCAGGCAUCCCAUAAUCCUGCCACGACACUUCAACAACAAUACCAACAAUUACAGCAAGCUAAACUUCAAGCCCAGCUACAGACCCAAAACGAAGCAAUACAGCAUCAACACCGCACUUUCGCUUUACGGCAAGCUAUGAAUCCACCCGUGCCCCAGGGCCAUUAUCAUGCGAGUCAAUCUUCAAGCAUGGUCUCCUCCGUGCCACAGCAAUCUGUUGUUCAGCAACAAAUGGCAUCUCAACAGCAACAAAGAGCUCCUCCUUCUUCUCUAACUUUAAGCAAUCAAUUUCAGCCAGCUUCAGGACCUUUAAAAGUUAACCAACAACAACAAGCACAACAUUCUGUCAUUGGUCCACAAGGCCAGCAACACUUCCACCAUCACCCACAGCAGCAAGUGCAUAGAUCGCAAGAACAAAUCUAUGGUCAGCAUCAACACCAACAAUUGCAGAUGCAGCUGCAUCAUCAGCAGCAAUUACAUCAACAGCAACAGCAUCAGCAACAACACUACCAUCCUCUGCAACAAAGAUCCAAAUCAGAUUUGCAAACACCAAGCGGUGGGAAUGAUCAAAGCCCUGUGUAUAUACAACAAAAUCACCCCGGCCAUGUAGUUAAUCAAGCUUGUCAAACACAAAUAUCUGCGGUAGUGAAAACAAGUCAAACAACGCAAAACACAAAAACUCCAAGUUCUGAAGAUUCGUCCUCAGCGUCAGCUAAGAGCCCUACGCAUCAUCCAGUAGAUCGAAAGAAAUCGUCGGGUGGAUCAAAUUCCUCAAAUACACAAGCUCUAAAAAGUCCUCUUACAAAGCGUCCACCAUCCUCACCGGUCACAAUAUCCGGCUGGCUUUACAAGCAGGGAUCGGACGGUUUAAAAGUUUGGCGCAAACGUUGGUUCGUUUUAGCCGAAUACUGUUUGUAUUACUAUAAGGGGCCCGAAGAAGAAAAACUUCUUGGUUCAAUACUUUUACCUUCGUAUAAGGUAUCCGCCUGCCUGCCAGAAGAUAAAAUUUAUCGCAAAUACGCUUUCAAAUGCGAACAUCAAAAUAUGCGCACUUAUUGGUUGGCAGCUGAAAAUCCUGAAUCAAUGGUACAAUGGGUGCGCGCUUUAAGUGCUGCUGCAAUGAUGCAAGCAUCCGCUAGCGGGGGAGAAUCUUCGGAGCAACCAAGUGUAUCGUCAUCAUCGGCUAAUCAAAGUGGCGAAAAUUCAGAUUCGGGUAUACACACUUUGCAAUCGCAACAAAGCAAGCUGUCUAGCCAAGGACAAGUAACGCCUGCUUCAGAUAGCGGCAAAAAUCAAGCAACUAACGGUAAUAGUGGCGGUGGUGGGGGUGUUCAACCUUUAUACGCUAAUGCGCCUCCCAAGCCUAGACGAAUUACCGAUGGCGGUUAUUCUUCACCUAGUCCUGAACAUUCUAUAGACAACGAGCGACGAGCCCAUCAACAGCAACAGCAACAGCAACAUCAACAUCAACACCAAUUCCAGCCAUCAGCAACUAGUCGUCGUAGUGGCAUUAUGUCGCCCACCCUGCAACAAAUGCAGCAACAACAACAGCAGCAGCAAUAUGCUCAUACUCAUAGCGGUCAGAGUCGACCUCAACAUCAUGCCAUCUAUGAUACGCGUACUGGUAAUGUCUCAUCUGCACUAAGAGUACAGCAACCGCCAACACAACAGUAUCAACAACAGCAACAAUCCGUUUAUAAUAUCGACCAUCUAGAAACUCAAUAUCAACAACAAAUGUCGCUGAUGAACGAUGAAAACUCAAAAACUUCCCCCGGUAGUUAUAUGGAUGCUCAGAUGGAAGCACAAAUUAUGCAGUUGCAACAGCAACGCGCUGCCAUAGGCGAUGACAUAUAUGGUGAACGUGAACUGUAUAUGCAAAGAUUAAUACAGCAACGUUACCCGGCUCAGGCACCCAAUUACGGAACAAACAAUGCGGAGCGUCGUACACCCGAUGCCUAUGGCCGAUCAAAAAAUCGUAUCUUUUCGGAUUAUGAAGACAUCUAUAAUUUCACGCAGCCGGGAAAUGUUGGCGCGACAAAUGUGAUGUCCGCUCAGGAAGCUCUAAUACAAGAGGCAGCAAGCUACCGUCGUCCCCUAUCACCACCCACUUACGAUGGCCAUAAACAUGUACCUUCCAUUCCAUCACUCUAUGCAACCAAUCAUUUAGAGCACUCGUCUACGCAAAAUGUCAUCGGUAGCAAUAGUAAUUUGCGCGCUCGUCCCGCUGCUGCCAUUAUUCGACCGCAUUCGGCCGAUUUUCUAGAAUAUGAAGCUCGCAAUGAUAUAGCAACGACCGAUGCAUUACCUACACCAGCAACGACUUCUCACCUAACUCAUAUGGUCAAACCGGAUCCAGUUCGAGCACCUCGACCCAAAUCCAGCUUAGAUAUUAAUCGUACUCCAGACAGUUUUUACUACUCCGAAGAGAAUUAUGCCGAGAAAAUGCGUAAAAGCGCUCUUUACCUUCAACAUCCUCAGGGACAAACAACUUUGGCUCAACCGCAACAAGCCGGGUCAUAUCGAACUGCCACCGGAUCCUCAGAUUUCUUAGCUGCACCUCAUAACGGUCUCAAUACCAUUGGCUAUGAAAAUCCUUACGAACGAGCCUAUAAACGCAAUGAGUUAAUGCAAGACGCGUUAAUUAAUCAAACCGGUCAUACAAGUAUACCGCGUAUGAGUAGAUCACAAAUGAUCGGUGCAGGUUCUCAUGUACGCUCGUCUUCAACCCAUCCCCACACGCCGCAAUCACCGACCAUACAGCAAUCAAAUUUACUAACAGCUGGCCUCACCACCCAACAAAUUAUACAACAAAACGAGCAAUUUUUACGCUCAGCUAGUGCUCGCUUACCGAAAAGAACGGGAACAUUUGAUGAUGAACCCAAUUCUCCACCGCCUCCAGCAGACGCUUCACCGCCUCCCGUUGUGGGUACUAACAAUAACGCGCCUGCUUCCCAUUUAGAUGGUGAACGCAAACGUGAAGAAUCGAUGAAACGUCUGCUGGAAUGGAAACAACGUAUGCUUCAAUCGCCAUUGACACGGAAAGGUGCUCAAGCUCAUAGUACUGCUCUGAAUAGUAACAAUGAUAACAGUAACGGCAAAAAUAAUGUAACAAAUGCUUCAAAGUUAGGUAGUAAUCCUAAUAUCCUGUUGUCCUCAACUACGGUAGCUAGCGGUGCCCAUUAUCCUAUCAAGAAGACAAACAGUAAUGCGAAUAAUGUGAAUGUUGGCUUACAGCGUAGCCGUUCCGAAACGCAUGCCAAUUCCGGUCACGGUACGGGAUACAAUUCGUACUCAUCAGAUGAUGAAGCUUCCAUAUCGAUACGCAAUGUGCGCAAUUUGCCCAGAAGCAAUUUAACAGUGAAACCCGAUGCCACAGACGCGCAACUUCAGCACCAUCAGCAACAUCAACAGCAGCAGCUUCAACAGCCGCAACAACAAUACAAUAAUUACGAUCAAAUGCAAAAAUUAACCAACACUUACUACGGAACAGCUCACGACACAAAAUAUGCCAAAGCCACUACCCUGACGGAUCGUAAUGCACGCAGUAUAGGAGGCAAUAGUAGUAGUCGAGGCGUCGGUGGCGUUGGCGUUGGCGGUGGCGGUGGCGAUGGUAAAAAUGGUGGUGGCAGUGGCAUAGCACUAACAAAUGGCAUAUAUGCCACCACUUCAACUCCUUCACAUCCCAGCAAUGAUGGUUUAGAUAUGGGAGAAUAUUUCGUUAGCGGUGUAGGCGGUAACGGCAGCAAUCAUAAUAUAUACGGUAUGCAUAAUGGCUAUCAGUCAAUCGCAGCGACGCAACAGCACCAACAUUUGUCGCAUUCAUUGAGACGUGCCGGCAGUCGUGCCGAAAUCGAUAUGUUGGAACGUGAGACCAGCACACAAAUAAGGAAUUUAGAAGUUUCUGCAGGUGAUUUACUGAGUCGCACUCAUGAGGAAUUGGUUUUAUUGUUAAUACAAUUGCGUCGUCAAAACAGUAAUACCGCUCGAAAUAUAGAACAAUGCUGUUCGGAUAUACAUGACGUACAGGUUAACAACUUGGAGUUUUAUGGAUUGCAAUUAACUAUUGGUUAUGGUAUUAAGAAUCGUUUACGUGGCGCUGAUGGUCUUAGCAGAGCGGAAAGUAUACAACGUUUAGAUUACUUGAAACAACAUUUACUCGACUUGGAGAGGCAAUAUGAGAAAAGUAAACCUUUGGUAAAUCUAGUAGAUAACAUGGUUAAGCUGGGUUCACUCUAUCGUAACGACGCCCAGCAACAACGUACACAACAAACGAACCAACGUACCGAGGCUGCAGCGCUUGAUCGUUUAGAAUUCAAUCAUAGAAUCCAAGAGAGGCGUAUGCUUCAAGAAGAACAAAAACAGUGGAAUCGUUUAAGUCCCAAUCACACAGAAUUACAGAGUAAAGUCCAUCAAUUAUAUCAAUUGGAUCAGUUGCUGCAGGAAGAAUCGGGUACUUUGCAGAAUUUACAACGCGAUAAAGAAGAUCUGGAAAGAGCUUUAGGAGGUCUAAGGGCCCGAAUACAAGAUACUAAUGGACCACCUUUGGCUUUGGAAGCGGCCAAAAAGCAACAACAUAUGUUAGAACGCGAACUUUCACGGGUUCAUCAAUUAUUGGCCGAUAAUUCAAAGGUAGCCGAGAAACUGGAGCAAACUGUGGCAGGUAAUGCUCGUUUAGAGCAAGAGUUAUUGAUUCUAAGACAAAAGCUUCAAUCUACUCGUGGAAGUCAAACGGCUUUGGCUAUCUCGGAUACCUAUGCCAGUAAUACUACGGCUAUGCUUGAAUCUGAAUUGAAAAGAGUUCAGACUUUGGUGGGCGAUAUGCAAAGGCAACGGCAAGAAUUGAGUUCAGCUGUACGACAAUUAACCGAAAAUUCGAAUAGGUUGUAUCAGGAAAUCGGCAAUAAGGAACAAGACGGAUUGAGGGUAAAUGAAAGUUCCAGUAAUAACGGUAGUAUUAAGAAAAGAGGUAAUACUGGUUGUUGGAUUGAAACCGAUUUGGAUUCCAUGAUAAGUGUUAAUCGUACUUUAAGUGAUUCCACGAUGAACCUAUCACAGCCACUCUAUGUGGACACGAGUACAGUUGGCACAAGUAAAUUAAGUGAUUUUAGCGGAAGUGAAGAUGUUAUUAAUGAAGCAACUAGAAGAAGUCAUAACUCCAACAGCAGUCAUUUAUACCGUUACAACGAUUUGAGCGAUAACUUAGAGACCAGCGGUGUAGAUAGUGAUGGUUUUUUAGAUACGAACCCCUUUGCGAAUCUCACAAAUCAAGAAAAGCAAGAAAUCAAAACUGUACGCAUUGUUAAACGAGAAUCUGAGCGUCGACAUAGAGAUCGCAAUGAGAGAACGAGCUUAACUAGUUCCAUACAAAAUCUCGAUCAGGUAUUAGAGGAAGAACACUACGGUCAUAUGAAUGGAGCACUCGGAGGUAUUAAUGUCGGCCUUAAUAGCAAUGAUGACAGUUCGCAGCAUCAAAGCAUUGAGCGUUCCAAGUCUUUGCCUAGAGCUUAUAAUAAUGAAACAACAGUAAUAAAGUCUUCCAAACAUCAUCAUCACCAUCAACAUCGUCAUAAGCACAACAAUUCCAUUUACAAUGACUAUAAUUAUGGUCCGGGUCAGAACAAUCAAAGCUACGAUAAAAAUAGCAAUUAUUCUCAUAACCGUAACGGCCAACAACAAGCCCUCACGAAUGGUCACAUAGUACCACCCAGAGAACACUUAAACCCUUUGGCGAAUGCUUAUUUUGCUAAGCAAUUACAAGAGAAACAAAAACAACAACAGCAACAACAACAGCAUUCGCAACCUUACACGAGUUACGCACGCGAAAAUUUUCAUUCCGAGUUGCGUCGUAAAACCGAAUCGGUACAAAGUUUAAAUAAAAGUCUCACAGAUCUGACGCCCUUUCAAAGCGAGGCAGCCAAGCAAAUAUUAAGCGAAAUGUCGGGAUCAGCCUCCGAAGAUACGGAAAAAGUGGUGGAAAAAAUACCAUCGCAGCAUAAACACCGCCGUGCUGUGCCUAGAGAAAAACGUCGUCACUAUACGGCCCCCAAUAAUGUGAUAAACGUCAAGGGUCUGGAGACCACUCAAACCGAAAACGAUAUGAAUCGAAACAAUACCAAUUGGCGGGCACGUGAUGAUCUUGAUAUGGAAGUGGCGCUGCGACCCCGCUUAAAUGCACCGGACGUCGUACGUUCAGCAUUGGGCCGCGGUGAGAAAAUCUCUGAGAAUACUAUAGAUAAUUUGUUGUUAGCACCAAAUAAAAUUGUUAUACCCGAACGUUAUAUACCUGAAAACACUCCUGAGCUGUCGCCGGAAGAGAAGAAACGACGUCAAGAGAAAGUAGAGUCCAUUAAGAAAAUGCUGGCUGACGCACCUAUUAGUACCGCAAAUGAAACGACGGCUACUCUACCUCCCAGCAAAUUGAACGAAGAGAAAAAACAGCGUGAACAUCUUUUACAACUGAAUCAAAUAUUGGCUCAACAAGUCAUGCAAAUGAGCAAAAUUGUAGCGGGUAAUCCCCCUAGUCAAACUAAUCCUAAAUAAUUAGGACUCGUAAAUAACCAUAAUACACAUCUAUUUAGCAUAUUCGCUCCAAUCCAAUCCACAAUUUAUCUAGAGUUUGCUGCAAAAUAUUAGUGAAAAUAAAUUGAAAAACAACAACAACAACUACAACAACACUUUGACUGAAACAAAAAAAAAAUAAAUAAAUAAACAAACAAACAAAAAGAAAGAAAGGAAAUUCAAAAAAAAGAAAACACAAACAAAACAAAUCAUUACAAUAGAAAAUAACCAUGUACCUUCGUUCGAUUUUCUCCUGCUCCUCCUCCAUCCAUUUCUUAUCCACAAUUUUCUUUGUUCAAUUAAGGCGGGCAAAAUUAAAAAAAAAAAAAAUUCUCCCUAACCAUUAAACAAAAUUAAGCACGCAACGCAUGUUUACAUAAACCGAACAUCAUAAUAAAAAAAAAAAAAAAAAAAAAAAAAAAAAAAAAAAA